UCCAUUCGCACUCACUCCAUACAACCAGUGUUUUACUGUACAAUAUACACCUAAACACUUUGCAUGGAAAAUCAAAACCCCCCUUCACUUCCAAUCUCAAACCCUGAAACAAGCCAAACCGCUCCAACCACACGUUUCUCAGGCAACGUGAUCAUUCAGAAAGCAAAAUCCAACUUGUUUCUACGUUCAAAAUGGGGUGAGGUUAACGGUGCCAUGGGUGACCUUGGCACCUACAUACCAAUAGUCCUAUCUCUAGCACUUUCCAAGGACCUCAACCUUGGCACCACAUUGAUCUUCACAGGCAUCUACAACAUCAUCACUGGUGCAAUUUAUGGUGUCCCCAUGCCUGUCCAGCCCAUGAAGUCCAUCGCCGCCGAGGCCUUAUCGGAUGCCGGCGGUCACUUUGGCGUGCCGGAGAUUAUGGCCGCCGGUAUCCUGACUGGCGGCGUGUUGUUCUUCUUGGGCGUGACAAGGUUGAUGGAGCUUGUGUAUAAGUUGAUUCCUCUAUGUGUUGUGAGGGGAAUUCAACUAGCACAGGGCUUGUCCUUUGCUUUAACAGCUGUUAAGUACGUGAGAAAAGUUCAAGACUUGCCAAAGUCUAGGGCUUUGGGUAAUAGGCAUUGGUUAGGGUUAGAUGGGUUGGUUUUGGCCAUAGUUUGUUUGUGUUUUAUUGUUGUUGUGAGUGGUGCUGGUGAGAAGGAUCAUGGGUGUGAAAGUGGUGAUGAAACUAGAAGCUAUGAUUUGGGUUGCCAAAAGAGGGUUGAGGGGACAAGAAACAGGAGAAGUAGAGUGAGAAGGGUUGUUUUCUCACUUCCUUCUGCUUUCAUUGUGUUUGUGUUGGGUGUUGUUUUGGCCUUUAUGAAAAGGCCUAAGGUGGUGGAUGAAAUAAAGUUUGGACCAUCCUCUAUGGAAGUGGUGAAGUUCUCUAAGCAUGCAUGGAAGAAAGGGUUUGUGAAGGGUACAAUUCCUCAACUCCCUUUGUCAAUUUUGAACUCUGUGAUAGCUGUUUGCAAAUUGUCAAAGGAUUUGUUCCCAGAAAAGGACUUUUCUGCCACUUCACUGUCAGUGAGUGUGGGGUUGAUGAAUUUGAUUGGAAGUUGGUUUGGUGCAAUGCCAUGUUGCCACGGAGCUGGUGGUCUUGCAGGGCAGUAUAAGUUUGGUGGAAGGAGUGGAGGGUGUGUGGCACUUCUUGGUGCAGCAAAGUUGGUAUUGGGAUUGGUGUUGGGAAGUUCUUUGGCACACAUUUUAAGGCAGUUUCCAGUGGGGAUCUUGGGGGUGUUGCUCCUAUUUGCUGGAAUUGAAUUAGCCACCUGCUGUAGGGACAUUAAUACCAAAGAAGAUUCCUUUGUGAUGCUUAUUUGCACUGCAUUUUCUCUGGUGGGAUCAAGUGCAGCUCUUGGCUUUUUGUGUGGAAUGGUUGUUCAUGUGCUUCUUAAGCUAAGGAAUUGGACAAAUGAUAAACCAUUUUCUACCAUAUGGGGGCACAGAAGCCCUGACCAACUCUGAAGAAAAAAGUAGGGUAUCAUUUGGAAAAUUUUCUGUAACAAGUAUGUGCAAAAAAUAAAUAAAUUAAAAGUUUCUCGCGUAAACUAGAAUAAACUUGUGUGUAGUUAAAAUAAAUUUUAGGGAAGUUAAAUAGAAACUUUCGAAGUGCUUAAGUUGAUUUUUA